AUUUUUGUUGACAUCUUUUUGUUAAGUUCAAUAUUUCUCAAAGAAUUUUCCCUUUAAUUAUUUCAUUGAUAACAAAAUAAAGUCUAUCAAUUAAGAUGGAAAUCGAUCCAAUUGAUAGUGACACUGACAGUAAAUUCAGUUUGUCACUUUUAGAUGAUUUUCAUGAAUUGGAUCAAUUUCAAGAUUCAGAAAAACACGAAAAUCUAUUUAAUCGUGAAAUAAAAAUUGAAAAAAACUAUGAUGAUGAUGAAGAUUUCGAAAAUGCAAAUGAUUGCAAAAAUAAUAAAGUUAUUAUAAAAACUGAAUAUGAUUCAGAUCAUGAAAAUGACAAGGAACACUACGACGACGUUGACGACGACAAUGAUAAUAAUGUUAAUGAUGACAAUGAAACAACUCAAACAGAAGAUCCAUUAGCAUCAUCAUGUCAAGAAGAAAUAGACGACGAAGAAGAAGCAAAACCUUCUUCUUCUUCUAGCUCCAAUUCCAAUAGAGCAAUAAAUAGUUUAAGUUUAACAAAUCAAAUACUUUUUGAUGGAAAGUAUUACACAUUAAAAAGUAAAAAUGCCCAAUUUUUGGUUGGUGCAUGUAAAUUGUGCCAGCCAAAUCAUAUUGUCCGAGGAAGUACAUUUUCGAGUUCGAAUUUUCGAAGACAUUUAAAAAGAUACCAUGGUGAUUGGGUUGUCGAUGAAUUAAAUGAACACAUUUUAUCUGAAAGAUCUCGAUUAGAUGAAUCUUAUAGCCCUAAAAAAGGAAAUUCGAUUUUGAAAGAAAUUUUGGAGCAUAAAGUCACAAAGAAAAGAUCUUUGCCUAGUUCGAAUUCGAAUAAUAAUCCACUUACUAAAGGACUAACUUUAACAUAUCAGGUCCUUUUUGAUGGGCACUUUUAUUUAUUAAAAUAUGUUAGUGACAAAUUGCUAGUGGCAAAUUGUUUGUUAUGUGUACCAAAUCGGGUUGUUCGAGGAAAUUUCAAUUCGAGUUCGAAUUUUCGAGCACAUUUGCGAAGAAAUCAUGGUGAAUGGACAAUGGAUGAAUUAAAUAGACGAUAUUGUUUGAAAAGAACAGAAAUGCCGGAAAAGCAUUCUAAUAGAAGAAGGUUAUUAUAUUCUCCUAAUGAAAAACCAAAAAUUGAAAAAGGAACACCCACACCUCCAGAAUUAAUAAAAACACUAAUACCAAUUAAAAUAUCGACAUCAGCGACAUCUACAUCUGCAGAAGUUGCAACAUCAUCAAUUAAACAAGUAAAAACAUUCAAUGGGAAAGUUUUGAAUUAUUUUUUAAAAUCAUUUGUUCCGCUGAGUGCGGUUGAAUCGCCAGAAUUUUGGACAAUGUUUGAUAGUGAGAUGCCUCUAAUUUCUGAAGAAGAACUAAUUAAACAAAUUAAAUCAAAAUCAAUGAUUUUGAAAAGUAAAAUUAUUUCUCUAUUAGAAAGUGUUAAUUAUGCCUGCACAACCAUUGAUUCGUGGUCAUCGAAAUCUCAUAAUUAUUUAGCAAUAACUUGUCAUUGGAUAGAUGCGGUUAAUUUAAAAAGGAGAUCAAUGGCGUUGGCGUGUAAACGUUUUGAUAACUUUAUAAGCCAAAAUCAUGCAGAAGCCAUUUUUCAAGCAACUUUGAGCAGAUAUAACUUACCUAUGAAUAAAAUUGUAUCGAAUGUGACUAAAAAUUGUUACAAUUUCAGUCAAACUUUCAACGACCUAAAUAUAAAUACCACAUUCAAGCCUGAUGUCAUCAAUGAGAAUCACAGUGUACCCUUUCAGAUAAAGGAACUUUUACCAUAUAUCUGUUAUACAAAUACACUUAGUAUUAUAGCAACAAUUGAUAUACCCCAUGUUAUCAAUUCUGAUCGUAAAUUAAAGUUAAUCAAUGACUCGACUAUGAAAAAAGUUUUCCAAUUUUUAUCUCUGGCAUCAUCACAUCCAACAUUGUCGCCAAUGAUGGUGGAUCUAAAGAAGCCAAAUGUAUCAAAAUGGAAUUCCAUUUACAAUUCGAUAGAUUAUGUUUUGAAUUUUGGAAAAAAGUACAAAUUUACUGAGCUUUUUCAAUUGAUCAAAUGUGAGCCAUUUACGAUUAAUGAAGUUAAAUAUCUUAGAGAAUAUGUCAAAUGUUUGCAUCCCUUGGCAAUGGCAUUUGAACGUUUGCAAUGUGAAGAAGGCACAUAUCAAGGCUUCAUUUUGCCAACUUUAUUGGAGAUGAGAAAAAAAUGCGAGAAACUUUUGGAAUGCAAUGACAUUGUAAUGUGCAAACCAAUUUUGAAGACAAUUAUUUUAGCCAAAACGAAAUUUCAAGAGUUUUCAAAACAAAGUCGACAUUAUUUGCCAGCUGCUUUUGCAAGUUUAUCGCAUCCAUUUUUCAAAGAGAAAUGGCUUUCUUAUAUUGAUAAGACGAAAAGGGAUAAAAUGAGAACACUUUUUAUAGAGGCUGUGAAGAAAGAGAAUUCCAAAUCAUCUAAUGUGGCGGCAGCAGGGAAUUCUAAUCAGCAAGUAGAUAAUAAAAAUGAACAGAAAAUUGAUGAUUUUUAUUUUGGUGAUGAAAGUCCGGAAAACAAUGCGAAAGAAUGUGUUUCUGUUGAAUUAGAAGCAUUGAGAUAUUUGGGUGAUGAGCGAAGAGAAUUAAAAAUGUUGGAUGAUUAUCCUGCAGUUAAACGAGUAUUUUUAAAACACAACACAGCUUUGUCAUCUUCAGAGCCUGUUGAAAUACUAUUUCCAUUCGAAACUAGACACCAUAUUGCUAGAUUUGGGUAUUUGGCGGAUGAAUUUUUCGAAGAACGAGUAUUACUUAGUGUUAAUAAAAAUGAAUUUGUUUUAUAAAUGUUUAUUUGUUAUUAAUUUAUAUUUUUUAUGCAAAAUACAAACAAUCUCAAGACUU